GUAAAGCCUCAAACCACAAAGCAGCUGCUGACACAGUAACACAGCCAGAGCGCUAACCUCCAGCAUGUGGGCCACUCUGCUGGUUGGACUCCUCCUGUGCUCCACCGGGACGGGGGCAGAGAACUCCUCUGAAACGUCGGCGGGGGAAGAGCAUGUCAUAGCCAGGGGGAAACUGAUGGCACCCAGUGUAGUCGGAUGAGCCAUCAAGAAAAUGCCUGAGCUCUACAAAUUCCUCAUGGAGCGCUGGGCCUUGUAUCAUAACUUGGAGUACGAUUCAGGAGAGGACAAAAAACCCAAAUUAAUUUUCUACAAUGAUAAAGACGAGGUUGUCAAGACAGUUCCAGUGAAGGAGAUGAAGGUAGCUGAUAUCGAAAAAUUGCUGGAUUCUCUGGGCUUCUACAAGAGGUCGGAGAAGGGAGAGGAAGUUCCUGAAGAAUUCCAGAACUUCCCUCUCAGAGCACCGCGAGAUGAAUUAUGAUGACACCUAGUGGUCAAGCUUUGCCACUGCACUGCUAACAAUGACGUUCAAGAUCCAAAGGCUUCACAACAAGCCAGUUCUUGACACCGAUGAAUCAAGCAUGCUGUAGCUGGACAUUGCUGAAUUACUCGGUAUCACUUAUGUGAUAAAUAAAUGUGUACAAAAUG